AUGGAGCGGCAGGUGCAAAUUCUCUCCUCUCCUACACUUUAUGCUGAAUUUAUUACCCUGGUAGCAGAUGUUCUGACCACCACGUCUGUUAAUGGAGUAAAUCGUACUUUCACUUGUAUAUUAGCCACGAUGCAAGGAAGUACUGGCACCGAAUCCUCAUCAUCUGAUGAAGAACCAGGACAUGAUAAAUUUAUUUUGAAUCAUGAUGAAUUUUGCCCGAUUGGUCUCAUGUUAAAUGUACCACGUGGAAUCCAGCAGCAACAAGAUACUAUAACACCAGAGCUGAUAGACGAAUAUAAUAUAGAUAUGCCUGUUGUGGUUGAGGUUGAGGAGCAAGAUGCGUCUGCUGAUAUCCACGACAAGGAUUCCAAGAUUCCAGUUCUGAUGAUUCAUCAGAUGAUACAGAUGUCGAUACAGGAAAGAAGAUCAUUUCACAAAAUACAGAGUUGCCAAAAUCAAAACGGAACAAGGGAGCAAGACCAGAAACAUGGAAGAAUAACAUCAUAA